AUGAAGCCCCAAAUUUUAUCGGGAUCGAAACCAUUCAAGCUAGCUUAUGCCGCUAUUCUGUUAGGAGCUUUAAUGAAUAUCCUGGAUGCAGCGUCCAUGGGUCUGCUCGUGUUUCCUGCAGAUGGAGACAUGUUUCAUGGCCUGCAGGCUCAGAGCAUCGCGAUGUUCCUGGCAUCCACCGUGUUGAAUGAGCUUGUUUUUGUGCUGGGAGGAACAAACUUUGUCCAAGCGCAAGGGGAAAUGCUGGUGGAAAUCCUUCCAUUCAUGCAAAACAUUGCGAACAAGCUUGCUGCCGUCAUCAACGACGACCGAGACGCUCUAUUGGCGACAACUGUCACGACGUAUGUGCUAUCUUCUUUAAUACUAGGCGUGCUUCUUCUUGCACUCGGCUUCUUCCAGAUUGAUCGCUGGAUCGCCUACUUUCCACAGGCCGUGCUGGAUGGCGCACUUGGAGCCAUUGGACUCUCACUCUUUAUCUCUGGCUUCGAAGUCGCACAGCGCUCUUCAUUCGAAUGGUCCGCAAGCUAUUUUCAUGACCUAUUUACGUCGAACAGUAUGCCUGUAUGUGUGUCGGCCAUUGUUCUGACGAUUCUGUUGUGCACGGGAGUGCGAGUGAAAAAAAAGUCUGCUACGGCACGUCCUCGCUGGGGUGCUUCUUUCUUUCGUCGAGUCGAGUGGGAGGUGCGACAAAUUUGCUCAAACUCAUUCUUCACUCCAGGAUUCGUGUUAUUAUCUGGUGGCGCUUUUUGGGUCGCAGCGCUCGCAAGUAAACGAACAAUGGCUGAUCUCGUCGAACAUCACUGGCUCUUCAUGGAAGUCCCACCCGGUGCUACAGUCGGUACGCGCAUGCGCUUCUUCGAAUUUUGGCAGCUUUUUAAUUUCCAUCUCGUCCGCUGGGGUGCCAUCAAGCAAGUGGCCGUCGAAAUGGUUGUGCUGAUAGUCAUUGGCGCUCUCAAUCUGCCAAUUUACUACCCGACACUGCGUGAUAACCUACCCAAUGUGCCGCGCUCUGCUUCGAUUAAAAAAGAGUUUAUUGGCCAUGGGAUCGCGAAUAUCAUCACAGGUCUCUGUGGCACAUUGCCUUGCCUUGUUGUCAUGUCCAACACGCUCUUUUUCUCUCGUGCGGGAGGCCAGCGCAUCGAGUCAGCGUGUGUUAUGGUUUUGACGUUCCUCUUCUUUAUUUUUUCGAAGCUGCUCCUGCCUUAUAUUCCCGUGUUGUGUGCUGCACUCAUGGUGUUUUUCUUCGGCAUCGAGCUCAUGGCUGAGGCGCUUGUGCCGACUUGGACGAAAAAGUCGCUCCUCGAAUACUUCGUUAUCCUCGGUACCAUGGCCACCUGUACGGCGCUUGGAUUCGCACAGGGCGUUGGCAUUGGCCUUGCUGCAACGCUCGCGGUUCUCGGCUUCGAGCAUCUUGCCGACUACGAGAUCCGCACGUGCUUUGUCCCCCUUGCUAUGCUGGCUGAUGCUCAGGGCCUUUCUCCCAAAAUUGUUGCUCGGCUGAAGCAAGAGUCGAUGGAACAGCAGCAGCAGCAGCUCGAUGUGGGGGUCAUUUCGCUGGCUGGCACCGCCGGGUACACCACAGCCACCAAGCUCAAGCAGGCGAUCCAUGCAGUGCAGCAACGAGGAUGUGCUGCACUUGUCAUCGACUUGACAUAUACCGUUCGCAUUGAUCGUGUAGCAGCGUCGGCCAUUUUUGACGAGAGGUCAAAUCCACAGCCCGGGACGAAACAUCCACCUGGCUUCUUGCUUGGUGUACCGCUGGGAUCACCGCGUUAUGACAUCCUUGCUCAGGUGGGCAGUGUGUGUGCUGAUCCCUCUACGAUGGAUACAGUCGCUGCACAUGACCAAAUGAUGCACGCUCUGUGGCCUAUGGCUGAAUUCACUGAUGUUCUCAGUUGGCUCUCGUCUCGUGCUGCCGUGUCAGAUCCCGGUCUCCCGCUGUGGGCGCGCAAUUCCAGUCUUUCCUCUCUUGAACAUCCACAUCAACCAAAUCCACAUCACCGCGAUCAUUUCUGCUACCCCGAAUCAUUAAUGCCUGCACAUUCUCCUUCCAACGAGAUACCCAUGGAAGCUCCGAUGUCGUUGUCUUCUUGUGGACCCAGUAUAGUGCCCACGAUUGACCCGACACUCCCAAUAGAAGCACAAUGGAGUGCGUGCUGGGACCAACUAUGUUGUAAUCUUUCAACUGACGACGACAAUGCAUGGCUCUCAAAGUCGUACGUCCAAGACCACCAGAACUUAUCGGAUGCGUCUGACUCGCUCGAAAAACAGAAAAACAGCAUCGAUACACCAUUUCUAGCACCGAAACGGCGUGGAGAAAAUCUUGCAUACUCAGGCUCGUCUUCGCCCAGGUGGCGAAACUCAUUUGUCUCUGUGUUAGAGCGAUACGGCCACAUCCGGUUCCAUGAGCCGCAUACGCUGCUUGCGAGUGCAGGUGAUCCGAUGCCAGAUGUGCGUAUCAUUGUCGUCGGUGCACUUGUAUCGAGACGCCAGCUUGCAGCGGCCUCUCCUGCCGAACAUGCAGAUGCAUCGAGUCCUGCAAGCAAGGUCGAUCGCACACCAGCCGACUGGAUCCAAGCACGCCCUCGACUUCGUCUCCGCCGCCGUUCCGCCGAUCCCACUGUCCAUACGUCUGUCCGUACGAUUGUGGAACACCUGGGGCAAGGCGAUAUUUAUGGCCUAGCUGAGUUCAUGUUUGGAGAGACCUGGUCAGCCGAUGUUACGACGGCUGGCCAGCUAUUUAGCUCUUAUGUGACCAUUGACUUUUCAGCGCAUGACGUGCGUGCGAACGCAGAGCUCGCUUUAGCUCUUAAUGCGUACUAUUCGCACCACCAAUUCCGUAUGCACAGGCUUCAGGAGCUAUACAACCGAGCAUUGAGUCAGGGUGAGCGCUACAAAUGGUGA